AUGCGGACCUCGGAGCCUGAAGGAGAAGAAGAAGAGGAGGAGGAGGAGGGAGAGAAGGAGAGAGGGGACUGCACGUCGCUCCUGCUAGGAGAAUCCCAACCCACUAAAGCGGCGCCAAUAUGCUGCUCAGCUCGCUACAGUUUAGCAGUAUGGGCCUUCUUCGGAUUCUUUAUCUUAUACGCCCUCCGUGUGAAUUUAAGCGUUGCCCUUGUGGACAUGGUAGAAGCGAAUGCAACCUUGCCCCAAAACACAACUUCUCAAACAUGUGUGGCCCAUUCUUCCACUCCAGUUGUUCCUCGUAACACUACGGGGAAAAAGUAUAACUGGAAUGCGGAUACGCAAGGCUGGAUCCUUGGUUCUUUCUUCUAUGGCUACAUCAUUACUCAAAUUCCUGGUGGAUAUCUUGCCCGCCGAUUGGGGGGGAAACUGCUAAUGGGCUUUGGUGUCCUGGGUACUGCUGUUUUUACCUUGUUCACACCUUUAGCAGCAGAUUUGGGAGUUGGAUACCUCAUAGCUGUGAGAGCUUUGGAAGGUCUGGGAGAGGGUGUCACCUUUCCUGCCAUGCAUGCCAUGUGGUCCUCUUGGGCUCCUCCACUGGAACGCAGUAAACUUCUUAGCAUUUCAUAUGCAGGUGCACAGCUGGGAACUGUUGUUUCUCUUCCAUUGUCUGGCUUAAUCAGCUUUUAUUUGGACUGGAUUUAUGUAUUCUACAUAUUUGGUUCCCUAGGUGUGCUGUGGUUCCUCCUCUGGAUUUGCAUGGUUAGUGAUACACCAGAAACUCACAAGAGAAUUUCCCUUGCAGAAAAGGAAUACAUCCUUUCUACUCUUUCAGAUCAGCUUUCCACACAGAAAUCUGUACCUUGGGAUGCCGUGUUAACUUCUCUUCCACUUUGGGCUAUUGUUGUAGCACACUUUUCUUAUAACUGGACUUUCUACACUCUCCUUACCUUGCUGCCUACUUACAUGAAGGAGAUUCUGAAAUUUGAUGUGCAGGAGAAUGGAUUUUUAUCUGCACUGCCUUAUUUUGGCUGUUGGCUUUGUAUAAUUCUUUCUGGUCAAGCUGCUGAUUAUUUACGAGAAAAGCGAAACAUGUCCACUCUGUGUGUGCGAAGAACAUUUACUCUAAUAGGAAUGAUAGGGCCUGCGGUAUUCCUCGUAGCAGCUGGAUUCAUAGGUUGCAAUUAUAAACUGGCUGUUGCAUUUGUAACCAUCUCAACAACACUGGGGGGGUUUAGUACAUCUGGUUACAGCAUCAACCACCUUGAUAUCGCACCAUCAUAUGCUGGCAUACUCCUUGGAAUCACAAACUCGUUUGCUACUAUCCCAGGAAUGGUGGGUCCACUCAUUGCUAAGGGACUAACUCAUAAUAAUACAGUGGGAGAGUGGCAGGUAGUAUUCUAUAUUGCUGCUGCCAUUAAUGUACUUGGGGCCAUUUUCUUUGCGUUGUUCAGCAGUGGAAAUGUACAAGACUGGGCAGUCAAUGGCUACCGCUUGCAUAGGAACUGAAGGGAUACUGGGUUUAAUCCCCAUGUGUUACAAUCAUGUGACCUGACAAGCCUGUCACAUGACGCCUACUGGAACUCUUUCCUAUUGGAACUAGGAGUCAUUCCCCGUUUUAAUACUCUGAUUUUUUAAUAAGGAAUUGGACAGUGCCUUCAUUAGCCUUAUAUUUCCGCUUAAUAUUGAAUACCUAAGGAUCUGAUACAUGUCAAUCAAUGUAUCAGCUUUCUAAAAUGUUGUGUCUGAAUUAACG